GUCAUCAUCAUAAUAGUCAUAGUAAUAAUCUCUUUCACAAAAAAGCGUAGUUCUCAAGCAAGCAAGUCAACGCAAAACCAAUGGGCUCAUUUUUCUCUUCCCUCCUCGGCGCCGACGCCGCCGCAACCACCUCACAAUCCUCGGAUCAAUCCGUCAAAACCUUCCACUCAUCCGCACGCUGGCAGCUCCACUUCAACGAAAUCAAAGACUCCCCUAAACUCGUUGUGAUUGAUUUCUCUGCUACUUGGUGUGGACCCUGUAAGAUGAUGGAACCGAUUGUUCAUGCUUUCGCUAACGAAUUCACUGAUGUUGAAUUCAUCAAGAUCGACGUUGACGAAUUAUCUGAUGUGGCGCGGGAAUUUAAGGUGCAGGCUAUGCCGACGUUUUUGUUGUUGAAGAAUGGGAAAGAGGUUGAUAAGAUUGUUGGUGCGAAAAAAGAUGAACUCAAAACCAAGAUUCAAAGGCACAGAGCUUAGUAAUAUUAUUUUUAUCUUUUUUAUUUUAUUUUAAAUAAUAAGAGAAAAAAUUGAACAUGAUGUUGUAAUGAUAAUAUUGAUAUUGAUGUUAAUGAUGAUGAAAUUGUAAAAUUUGAACAUGUUGAAUAUGAUGUUUAUGUAUUUAUUUGAUAUUACAUAUGUUCAAUUAUGAUGAAGGUUUAGGGUCAGAGUCGGUCACACUAGCGUAUAAGUGUUGCGAUACUGAUUACAAUUGUUAUGAUAUGAAUUAAUCAUAAUUUGUUUUUUAAAUAUCA